UGGGAGAAGCGGAGUCCGGAGUCCGGAGUGAUGCGCUGUUCCAAGUGACUGGGGUGAGGAGCCAGCCGCCUCCGGGGGAGCUGUAGCCGGGCUCGGGUGGCUUCCUGUCCAUUCCACAGCCCGCUACCCCACCCAGACACCGAGCCGGCGGGUCCUCCCCGCUCCGCAGAUAUGGCAUUCGCCAACUUCAAGAAGAUCCUGAGGCUCUCCACUUUUGAGAAGAAGAAGAACAAACAGUACGAGCACGUCCGGCGGGACUGCAACCCGGAGGAGAGCUGGCAAGUGAUCGGGGAGCUGGGCGACGGCGCCUUCGGCAAGGUUUACAAGGCCAUAAACAAAGAGACUGGAGAGUUGGCGGCUGCAAAGGUUAUUGAGGUGAAGAGUGAAGAAGAGCUUGAAGAUUACAUGGUAGAAAUCGAGAUUCUGGCCUCAUGCAACCAUAUUUACAUUGUUAAACAGUUGGAUGCCUUCUUUUAUGAGAAUAAGUUAUGGAUUAUGAUAGAGUUCUGUCCUGGUGGUGCAGUGGAUGCUACAAUGUUAGAAUUGGACCGUGGACUGACUGAACCACAAAUUCGUGUUGUUGCACGUCAGAUGCUGGAAGCUGUAGAUUAUCUUCACAGCCAGAAAAUCAUCCAUCGGGAUUUAAAGGCAGGGAAUGUACUACUCACUCAGGAUGGCAAUAUUAAACUUGCUGAUUUUGGUGUUUCAGCAAAAAACACAAAAACAAUGCAAAAGAGAGAAACAUUCAUAGGAACACCCUAUUGGAUGGCCCCAGAAGUGGUGAUAUGUGAGACUAUGAAAGAUACCCCAUAUGAUUAUAAAGCUGAUAUCUGGUCCUUGGGUAUAACAUUGAUUGAAAUGGCUCAAAUCGAGCCCCCUCAUCAUGAAUUAAAUCCAAUGAGAGUUUUGUUGAAAAUUGCCAAGAGUGAUCCUCCGACACUGGAAAAUCCAUCAAAAUGGUCCCAAGAUUUUAAAGAUUUCCUCAAGAAAGCACUAGAUAAGAAUCCGGAUACCCGUUUAAGUGCUGCUCAGCUAUUACAGCACCCUUUUGUGAGCAGUGUCAGUAGUAAUAAACCACUCCGGGAAUUGGUGGCAGAGGCAAAAGCUGAAGUGAUGGAGGAAAUAGAAGACAACAGAGAAGUAGUAGAGGAUGAUGACUCAUCAGAACCAUUAUCGCCCCUUCAAGGUCACACACGUGGUCCCUCUGAACUGAGCCAAAUCAGUCUCGAAGCAGAAAAACUUCCCAAGAUCCUAGAAUCAUUGGAAAUCAACAGUGGUUCUGAAGUUACAAAAGAUCAAGCUGACAAGUCCAGUGAAGGUCUGUUGGAUGAAGGUAUAUGCAGCGGUGACAGUGACAAGGCUGAGAGUGAGAACUCUGCUCAGACUGUGAGCUCAGACUCUGGAACUGAUGAUAGUAAAGUUAGCCCAUGUACCAAACACAAGCCUGAAGUGGACUUGCAGACUAACGACGCAAAAUCAAAUGAGGGCAUGAAUGCUUCAGCACAAAUUUCAGAACAGAAUUCCAUUAAACAACAACCAAGUUUGAUGGACACUUCUGAGACUGUCCAGCCAACAGGCAUACAGAUUUCUGUUGACAUUGCUGAUUUGAAAAAUGAAAAAGUGCUAACUGAAAAUGAAAAAGGAAGUCAAUCUGAUAAACAAGUUACUCUGAUUCCAGACUCAUUGACUGUCAAUGGAGCAAUAGAUUCUACCAACACACAAUCAAGGAGAGAUUCUGAUUCAGGUAGCAUAUCUGCUUCUGGCAGCAUUGAUUUGAAUAUCUCCCUUUCAAAUGAUUUUUCCUUAAACAAGGAAAGUGGCUCUCUGUCAAUACGGGGUAACAAGGCAAAUAACAAAACUCUGAAACGAACAAGAAAAUUUGUUGUAGAUGGAGUUGAAGUGAGUGUCACUACAUCAAAGAUUAUUGGUGAGGAUGAGAAGAAAGCUGAAGAAAUGCGUUUCCUAAGGCGACAAGAGUUGCGAGAGUUACGGUUGCUUCAGAAGGAAGAACAUCGGGCUCAAACUCAACUCAAUAUCAAAUCACAACAGCAAUUAGAACAAAUGCUUCGUCGGUUUGAACAGGAGACUAAUGCAAAGAAGAAAUUCUUUGAUACAGAGUUAGAGAAUCUAGAAAGACAGCAAAAGCAACAGAUUGAAAAAAUGGAACAAGAUCACACAAACCGUCUACGUGAUGAGGCCAAGCGUAUUAAAACUGAACAAGAGAGGGAAUAUGCAAAAUUUAUUGAUCACUUGAAAAUCAAGAAGAAAGAGGUAAAGAGUGAAGUUGAAAAACUUCCCAGAAACCAACGCAGAGACAGCAUGAAACAAAAAAUGGGAGAAUUUGCACAGAAGAAACAAACACAGGAGCAUGAGUUUCAAUCAAAACAGCACCAAGAGCUGGAUAUGGCACUGAAAAAAAUAAUCACACAGAACAAAAAGGAAAUUUCUGACCAGGAAAGGGUGUGCCUUACAAAGAAGCAGCAGCUAAUGAGAGAUAGGGAGGCUGCUCUCUGGGAGAUGGAAGAGCACCAUCUGCAGGAGAAACAUCAGUUCCUCAAGCAGCAGUUAAAGGAUCAAUACUUCCUGCAAAGGCAACAGUUGCUGAAGAAACAUGAAAAGGAGUUGGAGCAAAUGCAGCGUUACAAUCAGCGAAUGAUUGAGCAGCUAAAGAUCAGACAGCAGCAGGAAAAGAACAGACUUCCCAAGAUCCAAAGAAGCGAUGGGAAGACCAGAAUGGUUAUGUACAAGAAGAGUCUGCGCAUUAACUCUACUGGGAGUCACACAGAAGACAGAGAAAAAAUAAAGCAGUUUGGACUGCAGGAAGAGAAGAGGCAAAAGAUGGAAAAGCAAAAUCAACAAUUAAAACAUGAAACCCAAAUGAAAGACAUGCUACAUACAUGUGACAAUAAUAUCCAGGAACUCCAGCAGCUACAGAAUGAAAAGUGCCAUUUUUUGAUUGAACACGAAACUGAAAAGUUAAAAGCGCUUGAUGAAAACCAUAACCAGCAACUCAAGGAAUGGCAAGAGAAGCUCAGGCCAAGGAAGAAAGCUUUGGAAGAAGAGCUGACCCAGAAAAAGAAAGACCAGGAGAACUUCUUUAAAAUCAGUGAAGAAGCAGAGUGUCAGAGUCCAAGUUCUCCAAACAAGGUUGCCAAAUUUUUCCCUUUUACUUCAGAAUUAUCCUAAAGAAGAUCAGGACUUUACUGCUACAGGAACUCAGGACUACAGAGAUGUGAUCAAGUUGUUUAUUUAUAUUUUCUGAACUGAAAUUGUAUUACUGUUUUCUGAUUUGGGAGGGAAAGAAAUACUGUAUUUACUACUGAUAUCUUUAAAAAAAUGAACCUUUGAUGUUAUCUGGGGUGCUUUGCGAUGGAUAAACUGUAUACACAUAGUUGUACCAAAGUAUUCUUUAGUUGAAGGACUUCUAAAUUCUUGUUUUCAUAGCUUCCUUGUCUGUAAAUGACUAGCUAACUAAGAUAAUGCAUAAUUAUAAAGCAAGUUUUUAAAAAAGAUGUCAUUUAGUUCCUAUUAUUGAAAAUAAGUUUUUACUAAAUAUUCUUAAUGGCUUAAUGAAGAACUGGAUUCAACAAAAAAAAACUGUCCUCUUCAAACAAACCACUGUAUUAAGACAAAACCUGCCAAUAAAAGUUAUAAUCUACAGCA